AUGAAGCGACCAGCCGAUGAAUCCAGCACAGAACUAUACCCGAUUGUCAGCAACAUUUACGACAUUGUCCCCCUUCCUUUUACUCAAGAGGUACCAGUCCAACCAUCCGCGCCCUUGAUUCCAAAUUCCUUGCGCAUGAUUCGAAUCACCAAUGCAACUGCCCCUUCCUUUCCUCAACCCAUCCAUCGAUUUACCAUCCCCGGGUGCACGCGAGCCGAUGCCGAUGCAUUUGUGACAGCAAUGCAGACAACCGUCUAUUGGAGUGUUCAGCGAUCGCCUAAAGAGAAGUCAAGCAAGACAAAAGCUGGCCGAACGGGUUGUCCCAUCAAGAACCACUUCCGGAUCGACCUCAAGUGCCCGCACGGCGGAGUCCACAUCCCAGUCCCCAACUCAAGGAAGCAGCACACCUUAUCCCGGAAAUGCGGCUGCCAGAGCAAGUUCAGCAUCUUUCACGACGUCCAGAGCAACUCCCUCCGAGUUGAAUGGCACUGGCAACACAACCACAACCCUUUCUCAAAGGAGGAGAUUGCUGCCAAUCGAAUCCCCAAGAUGUUGGACAACUGGCUCACCGAACGUGUCCUUGCAGGGCUUGGCUGGAAGGCGAUACAGGCCCUGGCAAAUUGUCCAGAAAUUGCUGCUAUGCGCGGCCGCGGGAUCAAGUUGGAAGCCGGAAAUCUCAAGCUUGACCGGUUUCGAUAUCUUGUAGCCGAAGGGAUCAAGCGCCAACGGACGAACAAAUUUCAAGACAUGGCAAAAGCGAAGGCGGACGAAUAUACCCCAGCAAUCAUGCAACUACUUGGCAUCAAAGUCAGGCAGACUCCCAGUCAUUUCUGUAUUUUUUCGUUCACAUCCCCUGCAACCAAAGCCUACAUGUUUGUCGAGCGGGCAUCACCACCUCCCCAGCCGCGCAUGAACCUCGACGACUGGGCCCCUGAUGGAUCAUUCCGUCGGGAGCUGCCACCGAAUGGUCCGGGCAACACAGCUCCAACCGGCGGGCAAACGACCGAACGAUCAAAGAAGCGCCAAAUCAACGAGCCUCAGUCCUCGCGUGAUGGACCGGAGCCGAGCGCAGAAGACACUGAAGUUGACGAGCCACUGAUGAAUGACGAAGAUUUUGCUUUGUUUCUUCAAUCGUUGGCAAAGAAACCCAUCUGCCCGGUAAUCCCCACUCCGGUUCCCAGCAGUGGACCGCUUUUGAACCCCGACGAAGUACUCCGGCACCUCACAAAUCUGUCUGCUUCCGCCCUCGACGCCUUGCAGCAAACAAUUGAUUUACUCAAAUUCAUUGAGAACCGGCGGAUGAUCGCCAAAAAAACCUCUCCGGAGUGGAUGUGGACAUUCAGGAGGGCCUCCGAAAGUAUCCGACAGUCCGUUGUUGUACGAUGCCCAAAGGCGCCAAAGUCAAGAGAAGUCGACAUGCCCGGAAUAUCGGUUGUCCAGUCCCUACCACGAGAAGAAGUCGACAUCAUCAUUGACCGGCUACAACAAGCGGGUUUCAACGCUCUAAAGGCAGCACAAGGCUUCAUUACCCACAAGGAUCAUAAAGCAGACUUCUUGGCGAACUCAGAGGUCACGGAGAUGGAGUCAUUGAGGGGUAAAGAAGCAGCGAAGAUGAGUGAGCAGUAA